AUGAUCGGCUGGGUAGCGUUGGCGAAGCUUUUCCAUCUUGUGGCAGCACUAUGCCGAAGUCUUGGGAAUGGGUGCGUCAGAGAAGCGGUUGUUGACGACGGUCGCCACCGUAUCCCAAUCCGUCGUGCUCAGUCCACUCUAGUCAACGAUCUGAGAAUAAUGGGAAGCAGACUAGGAAGAAGAGUAGUAUACUUUGCUAAUCUCCCCAUAAAACUCCUCAUGCCUUCAUCUUUCUCCAAUAUUUCUGAAAUUGCUCUCAAAACCAUCCCCUCCGCUUCAAAGAUUGAGAUUAAGCGGGUUUUAGAAUCACUUUAUGGGUUCGAGGUGGAGAAAGUCCGGACACUAAACAUGGAUGGAAAGAAGAAGAAGCGGGGAGGUUUAUUGAUCGCGAAACCUGAUUACAAGAAGGCUUAUGUGACCCUAAAAAACCCCUUGUCGAUAAACCCGGAUCUUUACCCAAUCCGGAUAAUUGAAGAGGACAAAAAAAGUUUGAAUAAACAGUCAAAAUCGAGCAUUGUGGAGGAUCCGGAAGCUAUGAAGAAGUCACAUUGGCUUGAUGAGAAGAAAGAUGGCAGGACAUUUAAGAGGCCAGAAGGGCGUACAUUUGGCCGCCGUGGUGGCAGGGAUGGUGAUGGAGCAGAAGGCACGAGCUCGGGGGCAAAAUUUCCAUGGAGCAGCAUGAGGUCUUUUGGGAGGUAA